AUGAUGCGGCCGUGGAAGCGCGAAGCAAAAAGCCCUGAGGAGCCAUAUGUUGGUAUGACUAGGGGGAUGAAGGAGACUCUCAAGAUUUGGGGUGCAUGCGAGAGGGCUGAGUUGGACUUAGCAUUAGAAGUGAAUCGGGAGAGAGUCUCGAUGGAGUUAGAGAAAGCUUCCGCACAAUGCUGGUGCCGAUUGGACUACCGAGUGGCCUCAAUUGAAAGGCAACAAGACAAGCUGCAGCUGUAUAUGGAGCCCCAACUUGGGUCCGAAUCUAGGACUCAACGUGGCUGCGAAUUUGGGACUCAAUUGGGGGCUAAAGCGGGGUUCAGCAAUGGACAGGCGCUGCGUCCCUUCCCGAGAGGCACAGACGUGCACUUAUACCGUGUUUCAGGCUUCCCUUCGUCCAGAAGUAAAUCCUCCCGAGGUCGGUCCGGACAGGUCCCAGGACGAGUGCGAUUCCAAGACUGUAAGAGCACGGCCAUUUGCGGCGAAGUCAUUGGAAACGAUCACGCAAAAAUCAUCGUCCUGGUACCCAGGAUGCCCAUCGCGCUCGGUCAGAAAUUCCACUUGCUCCUUCUUGAAGACACCCGCACCAGCCGGGUCCGGUUAGACUUUCUGGAACAAAUACUGGACGGCCGUGCCUCUCUAAACCCAGUCCAAAAACUACUACUGGAAACUCCCAAAAUGAAACCAGGAUAUCAAGAUCGAACCAUGUUUUUUGCCUCGCCACUGGGGCAACUGUACGCCCAAAGACUACACUCUGCUUCGGUCCCCAACGCCGCUGGGAGGAAGUCCCCCACCCUAGUGGACAAGGUCCCGGUAGAAAGCGGUCCACCAAGCAGCCGUCCCGCAGGCAAUGCCUCAGGACACGGUGGUCCCCCAGACACUGAUACAACAUGCAGUAGUCCAUUAGGCACUGGUGAAGCAAGCAGCGACCCAGCAGACCCUGGUACAAUAGACAAUGGUCCAGCAGACAGUAAUUCAGCAAACACUGGCCUACCAGGUACUGGUCAACCAAGCAGUGGUCCAGUCGACACUGGUCACUUAAGCAGCGACCCAGCACAGGCUGGUCCAGUAGACGGUGAUCCAGUAGACGGUGCUCAAUCAAGCAGUGUCCCAGUAGACAGUAGUCCGCCAGGCAGUGAUUUAGUAAACAGUGGACCAGCAGACACAGGCCCAGCUGCUGGUAGCCCACCCAGUAGUGGUCAACCUAGCGGCGGUCCGGCAGACGGUGGCACAUCAACAUGUAGUGACCCACGAAGCGGUGGUCAACCAAGCAGUGGCCCAGCAGACAGUGGUUCAGCAGACGCUGGUCCAGUAGACGGUGCUCAAUCAAGCAUGGGACCAGCAGACGGUGUUCCAGUAGACAGUGACCUUCCUCGUGGCCUGGCUCGGUUCAAUGCGAGUCAGUUGGUGGCAGCAGAGAAAGCACUGAGGGCGGACUGGAUCCACAUGAUAGAGGGGCCCCCGGGGACGGGGAAGACGCGUUUGUUGGCGUUCGUGAUUGGUGUGUUGUCGCGUGCGGGGAACCGUGUGCUGGUGACGGCUUCGACGAACGAAGCCGUGAACAAUAUCUUGGCGGCGUGUGUGGAAACCGAGGGUUUGCGCAACGUUGUGCGUUGCGGUAGUGUGGCCAAAUGUUGGGGCCGGGCCGUGGACUUCCAAAUCGACCACCUGGUCCGCACAGUUACCUCCUGCGGUAGCAGGAUACGUGAGCUUGACGACCUCAUUUGGAGUUGCACCGGUGCGAAGAACUCUUCGGAGACGAGUUCUCCGGGGGCGAAUUCUCUGGGGCUGAGCUCUCCGGGGGUGAGCUCAGAGGUAGGUCGCGGGGCGCGGACCAAGACCUUACGGGUGCACGAAGCGGAGCGGGAACGAUUGUUGGCCGUUGGUUAUGAGGAGUUGGACGGACGUGACGGUGUGGUGUUCUCGACGUGUUAUGCGGCGGGUGCUAACUACCAAUGGUUGCGAUCGUUCGAUUGGGUCAUUAUUGACGAGGCAGGUAAGUGCCAGUCGGUGGAGGCAGUACUGGCGGCGAGUUGUGCUGCGGAUGAGGAUGCUGGAGUGCGGCGGGAAGAAGGGUUGUUAAGUAGAAGAAGGGCGCGGGUGAUAGUCGCUGGAGAUGUGUGUCAGUUGCAGCCGGUGAUCAAGUCGGUGUAUGGUAAGCGGCGGAAGUACGAAGAGUCGGUGUUGGAGCGUUGUUUGCGGAAUCUAUCGCAGUUGAACAGCAUGUUGUCGGUUCAGUACCGGUCGAAUGAGAAGAUCUCGUUAUGGUCAUCGCGGCGGUUCUACAAUCGAUUGCUGGUUGCCCAUGAGGACAACCGAUCCAUCGAGGUGGCGCCUACAGUGAGUCCGUUGGUAUUUGUGACGACGCAGUCGAUUCCGUGCUUUGUAGAAAGCGCGCGUGACGAGGAAAGUGGAAGUAUCAAGAACUACUUCGAGGCAUGUCUGGCGGUACACUACAUCGAACGCACACUGUUGCCAUACAUGACCGGCGCUAAGGCCGGUCACUGCGACCACGUACUGGUCGUGGCCCCAUACAAGGCGCAGGUGGAGCUGUUGGCAAAGCUCAUUGCGCUAUCCGACACACCUGAUUGGAUAAGCGUGCGUAAUCGUGUUCGUGUUGGCACCAUCGACGCUUUCCAGGGCCAGGAAGCCGACGCUGUAGUCGUCAGCCUCGUCCGAUCCAACCACCAGGGCCACAUCGGCUUCGUAGCCGAUCGCGGUCGCCUCAAUGUCGCCAUGACCCGGGCCAAAAGACACGUGUGUGUCAUAGGCAACCGUCGCACUCUCUGCUUCGGAGAACCACUCUUCCGUAGUUUCUGCAAAGUCUUCGAGUCUCAUGGACAACUCGUACCCGCAGGCCUCCUCAUCGACACUGACUGGCUCGAUCGCACCACCAAACUGCGCACCGUCCUCUCCGACGCCGAUCUUAGGACAAGACCACUCGAACCGCGACCAGACUCCUCGCGACCGAGACCACUCUCCGGACCGGGUCUGCCCGCCGGACCCUUAGGACCACGGGACAGACAAGACGAUAGUCAAGACGAUAGACAAGGCGAGAGAUCGCUCUCCGGUCAGUUCAACACACAUCCAGGACUCUCUGCACCCGUGAUGGACCCUGCGUCGAGGCUGCCUCUGCGAAUACCGAUAUUGCAACGACGCUCCUCCUCCGAUUGGACCUCGAAUGACCGGAGUCCCAUUGACCGGUGUCCCAUGGACCAGAGUGUCACUCCCACUCUCGGUGCUUUUCAAAGCCGAAUCACCUCUACCCCGACGCGGGCCCGUCGAGAUUCAAAGGCAGGCUACGCACUGGAUGAAAAUUUAUCCUCUGGAUCCUCGCAACCGGCUGCGAACUAUGCCGGAGGGACCGAGGACCGUCGUCUCGCACAUGGGAUCCUGUCAGGGGAUCGGAGCCCACGCCAUGCAUACGCCCCGUGCUUCGAAGAUCACGUGGGACCUGGCGAGGCUCGUGACUUUGAAGAUGUUAUAGCGUCACCGACCCGACGAACUAUGUCGCCCCAGCGAGCGAAUCGACUGGAACUGCGGGCAUCGCAGAAAGGUGCUGGUGGUCGAAGAACUCAAUUCAACCAGUCGGAGCUAUUUGAAGAACGAACCAGUCGACUUGUGGACUAUCGGGAGCAAUCGGAUCAGUGCCGACGACACGGCCAAAAACAUGAUCGGGACCGAAGCCAGGCCUGGGACCGAACUGAGACUUGGGGCCGAACCGACAAUUGGGGCCGAACCGACAAUUGGGAGCGGCUCGAAACUUGGGACCAAACCGAGAGCUGUGACCAAACCGAGAGCUGUGACCAAACCGAGAGCUGUGACCAAACCGAGAGCUGUGACCAAACCGAGAGCUGUGACCAAACAGACUGGGACCAGGCCGAUCACUGCGACCAAAAUCAGCAUAGGAAGUCCCGCAUCGACCAAAGGCGGCCGGGGUGUUUCAACGAAACGGUGGAACAUAUAAGUCCGUUAAACACGCAGCGUUUCUCGGCAGAACAGUCCGGACGACCGGUUUGCCGGGGCCUCGGUGAUAACCCCGAGGAUACGGAGUCGUUUACGAUGACGGGUUACCCCGAAACUCAAUAUUCCUCAAUAAACUACCCUCUGGUGGUGGACUACCCUCUGGUGGUGGAAUAUCCUCCAGUGGAAUAUGACCGCUCGCUAGACCGUAACUCCGUAGCACGGCGAUCUACCGAACAUGAGAAGGAAUGCGAUAAGGCAUGGACCGAGUCGCGGGCGA